ACACUCUAAAUACACCAAGCUGACACACUUGCGUCGAUUCAGAUGUCUCGAAUUACUCAACGCGAAUAGUCGGUCUUUCACUCUGUUAUUUUAGUCAUCACAUAGGGUUUUAGUUAGUUGUGCUACAAAGACUUAAGUUAACCCAGGCACGUCCGUUAUUUGCGGUUUAGUGCUUAAACGUAUUUGUUUGCUUGGUAGCUAGCUGGCUAGCUCUGUUGGACUCGGAAAAGUAAUCGUGUUGAUGAUAUUGUUAGCCUAGCUAAUUAUCCUACGGAGUCAUAACUGGUUGUUUCAGCUAGUUAUUUUCAUGGACAUCAGGCCAAGUAAUUGGCUUUUGUUCAAUAAUUCUAGACUCACUUUUUGACUUGCAGUGAUAAACAUUUGCGAGACAAGGAAUAAGUAAAUUUUUCCGGGCUAUAUACCUUCUUAGAUCGUAUUAUACCCAAAGGAGAACUCCAAACAAACAAAGAAGGUUUUGUAUAGAAGCUAGGCUAGCUAGCAAAAUAUAGCUAGCUGGCUACGUUGGCUUUACAGUACUGACAAUCGAAUUGGUUCCCAGUUAGAAAAAAGACAAAUAUAUUUGAAAGAUGGCUCGACACAGUCAUACUCAGGUUGCGAGCUCGCAAAAGGCAUUAAUGCUUGAAAUGAAAAGUCUUCAAGAGGAACCAGUCGAAGGUUUCAAAAUAACACUGGUGGACGAAGCAGACUUGUACAACUGGGAAGUAGCCAUUUUCGGACCCCCCAACACGCAUUACGAAGGGGGAUAUUUUAAGUCCCGAGUUAAGUUCCCCAUCGACUACCCCUACUCUCCACCAGCCUUCCGCUUCCUCACUAAAAUGUGGCACCCCAACAUUUAUGAGAACGGUGACGUGUGCAUCUCCAUCCUGCACCCUCCUGUGGACGAUCCUCAGAGUGGAGAACUGCCCUCAGAGAGAUGGAACCCAACACAAAACGUCAGGACCAUCCUGCUAAGCGUAAUAUCUCUGCUGAACGAACCCAACACGUUCUCCCCGGCCAACGUGGACGCCUCUGUAAUGUACCGCAAAUGGAGGGAGAGCAAGGGCAAGGAACGCGAGUAUGGAGAAAUCAUCAGAAAACAGGUGUUGGCCACUAAGGCAGAUGCAGACCGUGACGGUGUGAAGGUGCCAACCACAUUGGCAGAGUACUGCAUACGCACACGAGUUCCCGCUCCAGACGAAGGCUCCGAUCUCCUCUACGAUGAUUACUAUGAUGAUGACGACCUGGAGGACGACGAGGAUGACUGCUGCUAUGCCGAGGACGACUCUGGCACAGAGGACUCAUGACGACGCCUUGUGCCAUCUUUCGUCCAUCCUCCCCCCUGCCCCGCAUCCCAAGAACACACUCACUCACAACCUUCCGCACACAUGCACACACACACGCACACACAUAAACCCCCCCCCCCC